UCUCUCCUCCUCCUCCUCCUCUUCCUCUUCCUCUCCCUGGAUAAGUCAAAACUAUAGGUGCCUGGGAGACGGUUGGCACAACCAAGUAGACCAUGUGGGCAUCAAGGCUGGUUCUCCUGGCUGUGACUACUGCUGUAUUCGGGGAGCUUGCCUGGGCUCUGAAAUGUUUCAGCUGCCCGCAGCCCACCAACAUCUCCGAGUGCACUACUAUUGUGAACUGUGCCCCUGAGGAGACCAUGUGCAAGACGACUAUGUAUUCCCUGGAGGAAGUGUACCCGUUCUUGGGAGAUGCUACAGUCACAAAGGCAUGUGCCCGGAAGUGUGUGCCCUCAGAUGUGGAUGGCAUCGGUCUGACUCGGCCUGUCUCAUGCUGUAACCAAGAUCUAUGCAACAAGGGAGGGGCUGCUGCUCUGGGGAGCUUUGGGGGGCUGGUCUUCACCCUCCUUGUCAUUACCUUCCUCCUCCUAUACACUAGAAUCUAGAGGGGCAGGGCCGGACAAGGGUUUCCCUCUCCCUUCUUCCAAUUCUUAGAGUUUCCUUUUCAAUAUCCAGCACCCCUAACUCCCCCUGUCUUUAUCAUUAUAGAUAGUGGGAGAGAAAGGUGUCACCAGUCUGAGGGGAAAAUGGAAUUUCUGUCCUCGAGAACUCCCAGUCUGAGGGGGAGAUUCAGUCGUGUCCUUCAGGGAGUUCCGGGCUGAGCCAAGUAGAUACAGCCUUUUCUCUCUUUUUCUGACUGCUCUCCACCUGGUUUACACAUCUAUAAAAUAGGGAUCAUAGCACCUACCUCACAGGGUUGUUAAAAGGAUCAAUUGAGAUAAGACAUGUAAAGCACUUACAAACUAUAAAAUGCUAUGAGAAUCUUGUUGUUAGCUAUCAUCAUCAUCAUCAUCAUUAUCUCCACUUGUCUAUUUUUCUUUCUCCCAAUCUCCUUUCUGUUUCUC